GUAAGAGUGAGGAUGACGAAAGCUCCAUCUCUUGCGUUUCUCUGCAUCAAAGCCCUCAAACUUGUGCUCCUUCAAAGUAAUUGGAGAUGCUAUUUUCAUCCAAUUCCCAAUUUGGUUCUGCUCUGAUUUGAGUUGGGCUUUGGUGUAUUCUCAGGCGAUAAUCCAGUUCCGGAUGUGUACGAGCUUCCAUCGGAGUUGCUUGAUGGUGUUAUCGCUCACUUGCCUGCACUUGCGUUACAGAAUUUCCAGACCCACAUGUGAGUACUAUUGCCUAAUCGGACUUUUGUUUAGUUUGAUUCGAUUUUCGGUCACUUUCUGAUGAACUUUGAUUAAGAUUUUUGGGGUUAUGAAUUCGAUGGGUUGAAAGAUGAAUCGAUAUAUACAUUAUUUGUUCUUUUCCAUUUCCUGGAGAAAAAUUGUAUAGGCCGUUCAACUGCUGGGAUGAUUACGAAUCUGGUGAUGAUUGCUUGACUAGUUGCUGGAGAAAACGCUCAAGAAACGAUGUACUCGGUCACUCCUGGAAGGUUCUGUUUAAGCUGCGGUGGCCUGAGCUCAUCGACCUCGUGGAACCACCAACUGACUGGCAACAGCUAUACUGGGAAAAGCAUCUGCAAAACUGAGGUAGCUAUGCGUCCGUGUUUUACUGGCCGGAUAAGUUCCAUUAAUGUCUCAGAUAAGAUAUUGAGAUACAUUUGCCAUGAAGAGCACACGGAUUUUCAGAAAUGUGUCUGCGCGGAACUAUCUUUUCAUCUCCUGACAUUUGGACCGUAUCUUAGGUGCCUGAGGCUUCUGAAUGUGCUCUGCGUUACAGAAACUUGUGAGUUACUGAGGACAAGCAAAUUGCAUACUUUGGAUUUACGGUUGAUCAGGUCUGAGAAACAUGUUGAGCCCUUGUGCAAGCUCUUGAUCCAGAGCCGAGAAACAUUAACUUCACUUGAAUUUAUUCACUGUAAGCUCUCCUCGAGUUUCAUCAGUGCAAUCUGCGCUUCUCUUCAUGAAAAGGACAUUCACACAAAUGGGAUUCAACGUUUCUGUAUAAAGACAUCUAGCAUUGACAUAGAUCCACUUUCCGCGCCUUCCGAUUUCAUUUCAUUCCUUAAUUCGGUGAGGUCCUUGCAUUCUUUACAAUUUUGCGAUAGUCACCUCGAUCAGCAUAUCGCGAGGAUGGUUUUCUCCACACUUCUUGAUUCAUCCUCAAAUCUUUCGUCCCUUGACCUCUCUGAAAACAACAUUUCAGGAUGGCUUUCCACUUUCAGCUGGAGAUCUGUUGUUGGUUCUCUGUCAUCUGGAAAGUCUUUACAGUCGCUGUGCAAGCUUAACCUAAGGGGGAAUGAGCUUGACAAAUACGAUGCAGAGAAUCUUGCGCAUGCUCUUCGUCAUAUGCCCAGGUUGGAAUCUCUUGACCUGAGCGGGAACCCCAUUGAGGACGGUGGGAUCAGAAGCUUAAUAUCUUACUUCACAAAGAAUCCGGAUUCUCCUUUAGCCGAUUUGAACUUGGAGAACUGUGAGCUAUCAUGUUGUGGAGUUAUCGAGUUUCUUGAUACCCUCUCAACGCGGGAGAGACCGUUAAAGUUCCUAUCUGUUGCAGAUAAUGCCCUUGGACGCGAGGUUUCGGAGGCUAUAGUAAACUCCUUGACAAUCUCCAUCGAGUCUCUCAAUAUAUCGGGUAUAGGACUAGGUCCUGUUGGGUUUCUUGAGCUAGGCAGAAAACUUGUAAAAGGGUUGAAGAAGCUGCGGAGUAUCAAUAUAAGCAAAAACCGUGGAGGACUAGAGACCGCUAGAUUUCUGUCAAAGCUCAUACCACUGGCACCAAAACUCGUCUCAGUCGAUGCAUCCUACAAUCUUAUGCCACCCGAAUCCUUGCUUAUGCUACGUGAUUCCCUGAGAAGUGCAAAAGGUGAUCUCAAACGUCUUGACAUGACCGGGAAUAACUGCAUCAGCCACGAAGCUGAUCAUUCUUCUCUCCUUGGUGAAUUUCAACACAACAGAGAACCCAUCUUCGUUUUAUCUUCAUCCUCGGCUUCACAUGUUCCUUACGAUGAUGAGCCGUAGAUAAUUCCCCUAAUACCCGUCUGUAUCAUUCGGUCUGGUACGGUUCACUAGUAAAUUCAUUAGGUUUGGUAUGCGCAUUAGGUUGACUGUAAUUUUAUGUGUGACUUGAAUAAUUUCGAAAUAUGGAAGUUCACUAAUUGAAUUUCAAUUUGGUUGAGAAUUGCAGCUUGGUCUAAUCCCGCUAAGUUACUACUACACUACGCAUGACCUGUUGAA